AUGGAGAUUGUUGAAAGACAAUUUCAUGAAAAAAAUAACACGAUUUCAUCUUUUGUAAGAAAUACAUCAUGCAGUCGUGGCUGGUUGCGCCUAGUAGUACAAACAACAUUUGGCAUUAUAACAGUUGUGAGCUUUGUGCUUAUUGUUAAUAUGGCAUUUUAUCGAGCGCCCAGUAAUAGGCCAAACCCACAAAAUCGUUGCUUAAUAGAUCGUUGUAGAGUGCAAUGUAAUGGUGUGCCAUACUACAAUAACUAUGAAGAGGAUAUAAUUAAUGCUGCUAUGGAGGCGGAAUCGAAUUGUAAAACAAUAUUUUUGAUACUUAAAAAUCCAAUGUUUGUUAACUCAAUAUUACCUUUAAAUUGGUUAUCCGAUAUGAGAUCUAAUAUCAGAACAGUAAGCGUUAUAGGUGGAAAUCUUAAUCAAAUACCUCCACAUGCGUUUAUGAGCCCAUUUGCCACUAACGUAAGGAGUUUAUUUUUGGAAGAUAUUACUAUAACAUCGUGGGUUCCAGAAACAUUUAUUGGACUUUCUAAUCUCAAAGAACUAUUCAUCAAGAACUGUAAACUGUUAAAUAUCCAUUAUAGUGCAUUGAGGACUAUUGAUGAUACCUUGAAAACCUUAGACAUUAAGGCUACCAAUAUUUGGAAUCCUACCAACGUUACUGGAACAGCAGAUCUUAUAAAGCUAACGACCGUUGAUUUUUCUAAAAAUGAUUUUCUUGAUGUCCUUGAUGAAAGCAGUUUUUAUGAAUUACAAAACUGUAAAAUAUUAUAUUUAAAUUCGUGUAAAAUAACAUCUAUAGGAAACGGUACUUUCGAUCGUUUAAUGAAUUUGCAAAUUUUAUUUCUUAAUAACAAUCAUAUUUAUCAGGUUCCUGAAGGUUUAUUUAAUGUAUUAUUAUCGCUGGAACACAAACCAAGAAUAAAUUUGCAAGAUAAUCCUUGGAUUUGCCAAUGUUCUAAUAAUGACUUGAGGAAUCUACAUCUUCAGGACUUACUGAUAGUGGAACCAUCAUGCUAUUAUCCAAUAGAAAUUCGAGGAUUUACAUUUACAGAAUUUGAGAAUUACUGCACUAACUAUUCACAAACAGAACUCAUUAUCUCAGAUACAAACGGUACCAAUCGUUUGUAUGAAUACAAAAGCAAUAAAACCUUUAACAUGAACAGUAAAUUAACAUGCGACGGUCAUAAUAAACAAACCGAUAGUGAAUUAUUUACAUUGAUAUCACCAUUUUCUGAAUAUCAAUGCCUUAAUAAUAGAAUUCAUAAUAUUGAAUUAGUACCACUGGCAUCAAAUGCUGUUUCUGAGUUAUUAACGAAGAGCAGUAGUUGGAUUAAACCAAUAUUUUAUUCAAAAAGCCACUUGUAUUCACUCGUGGAAAUAGACCUCUUUGGUCCAUCCAGUUAUAGUCUCAUUUGGUUUCGAUCAGCAUGUCCUAAAGAAGUUUAUUGCGUGUCCAGUUUACCAAAAGUUCUGCGAGUCUACAAUGUAAAUAAUAACGCUUAUUACACAUUUUGUCGUACCAAAAAUGGGACAAUUCUUAACGAAGAAUGCGUAGUUUAUGACUUAUCCAAAUUUAACAGUUCAUUCAACCAUAACACCUCAUUACUAUACAUACUAACCGCUUUUAUUUGUCUUUCAAGUGGGGCUCUUUGCGUUUACUGGCUCAUCCGUAAAAAUCCAGGUCUUUUAAAAGGAAGCAAGAGAGUUCUCUUUGUGAAACAUAAGCAGGUGGAUGCAUUAGUGCUCCCACCUAAAAUACCUUCAAGAAAUAAUUUAACUGGCAUGUGCUCGUCAAGUGACAAAAGCAGAAAUAUAUUUAUAGUAUCUCCUCAUAUUAACAGUUCGCCUUGGAAAUUUGUGCGGAUGAAUUCUACAAGAAGCACCAACAGUAGUCCAAGUUACAUUUCAGCAAUACAACCGAGCGAGGAUCAGCUCGCACAGUGGCGAUUACGACACCACUAUGAUAAAGAUUCUACAAUACGUUCGAUGGAUUCAAAUAUAUCUACACUUUCUUGGAUAUUCGACGCGGAAUCUGUACCUUACUUCCACCUUGAUAACAAUGAGCCAUUGUAUGACCAUAUUAAUUUUACAGAAAGGAUUUAA